AUGGAAAGACACUCAGAAGAGAUUGUGGAGGAUAUGAAUAAAAUAGAAAGGGAAGUUAUUCUAAUUAAGAAAAAGAAGUAUCAGAGAGACAAAUCAGACUAUAUGGGAAACAAAGUACAUGCUUUCCAUAGGGGGAAUUUUGAAAAUAGAAGGGAAAGGUUAGAACCCCAGAAUUAUGUGUCUAGGACUGAAUACCCUACACGGAAAUAUGAUGAGUCUAGAAAACAACAUAAACAGGGGUACAGACAAUAUAACGGAGACAGAUAUCAUUAUAGAAGGAGACGGAGAUCCUUCAGUGGUAGUAGACAAAAUCAGAGGAAAUAUAAUCAUAGCCAACAGUGGAGGGCAAAGGUUCAGGGGGACGAUACCCCAAUCAAGAAGUAUGAGAGACAGUUUUCAAAUAGACCUGUUAGAGAUACAACCAAAAGAGAGGAAACUGAGAGGGAUAGAAACCAUAAAUCAAGGUUAGAAUCUAAUGUAUGGAAACCGGUUUCUCCGGGAUUACAUCGUAAGCCAAUAGACUCUAUGGAGUCUAAUGGACACGAGACCAGGCAUGUCACCCAGGGACAAGAAGGACACCCGAAGGAUUUUUUAGAUUGGGAACACAAAAGAAAAGAAAGAAUCAAAUUAAAUCUUCCAAGCUCUCCGUUAAAAAGAAGAAUAGAAAGAGAGGAACAAGAGGGGGAAAUAAGAUACAGAGAAGGAAAAAGGGGAAGGAUAAAGAUAUUAAGGGAAUAUAUAAUCUUUCGAAACUUACAUUAA